AUGGUCCAGGAAAUGUCCCACAUCAGAUUCGAUAGAGUCGAGGAUGCCAUUCAAGAUAUCGCUGACGGCAAGUUCAUUAUUGCGGUCGACAAUGAAGAUCGCGAGAACGAGGGAGAUCUGAUUAUUGCCGCCGAGAAGGUGACGACCGAGCAGAUGGCCUUCUUGAUCCGUCACUCCAGUGGAUAUGUCUGCGUACCAACCGCCCCCGCAAGGUUAAAGGAACUCGAGUUGCCCCUGAUGGUGCCCAACAACGAAGACGUCUGGAAGACCGCCUACACAAUCUCGGUCGACUACGCCCACGGUACCACCACCGGCAUCUCGGCCCACGACCGCGCCCUCACCGCCCGGUCUCUGGCCGAUCCCACAAAGACCGCGAAGGACUUCAACCGCCCCGGUCAUAUCCUCCCCUUGCGCUACGCCGAAGGCGGCUCGAUCCGUCGCUUUGGACAUACCGAGGCCUCGGUCGAUCUGUGCAAACUGGCCAAGCUCCAGCCUGUGGCUGUGAUCUGUGAGUUGGUUAAUGAUAGAGAUGGCUCGAUGGCUCGUCGGGAUGAUUGCUAUGCCUUUGCCAAAAAGCAUGGCAUUCGGUUGGUUACUAUUGCCGACAUCAUCAAGUACCGUCAGGAACAUGGCCUCGUCGAGAACUUUUAA